CCUCCCUCCCUCCCUCCCCGCCGGCCCCUCUCCCGAGCCCUCCGGGAGGCGCGUUGUCACGGAGACCGGCGCCGGUGCCGGCCCGCCGCGCUGCCCCGGCUCUCCCCCGGCCCGCUCCGCGGCUCCCCCCGGCCCCGCUCCCCGCCGCGGGGUGGUGGCUGCGCUUGGCCAUGAGUUUACCGCAGAAGGCGGCUUUGAAACCCGGCGCGGCGGCGGCGGCGGCGGGGACCGGCCCCGGGAGCGGGGCGGCGGCGGGGCCGCCUCCCCCCCCGGCUCCCCCUCACCCGGCGCCGGCGCCUCACCCCAACAUCAGGGCCUUGCCGCCCCAGCCGCCCCAACAAAUCCCCCGAGGUCCUGUCCAGCAGCCCCUCGAGGAUCGGAUCUUCACUCCGACCGUCUCCGCUGUGUACAGCACUUUUAUCUCCACACAGGUAACACAAGUAGCAAGACAACCGGGUCCUCCUGCCCCAUCCCCUUACACUGCACAUGAAAUAAAUAAGGGACACCCAAAUCUUGCUGCAACGCCACCGGGACAUGCCUCGUCCCCUGGGCUCUCACAGGCUCCUUACCCCUCAGGACAGAAUGCAGCUCCAACCACAUUGGUGUACCCUCAAGCCCCUCAAACAAUGAACACCCAGCCUCAGACCCGCUCGCCGCCCAGCAGAACAGUGCCAAUACAUUGCACAGACAACUGGAAGAGGAGGAAGGUUUUGGAACAGAGUCCGGUUUACAGGUCCCUGGCUGGAAGAGGCUGGAUAAAAUACUGCAUUUUUGCAGCGGGGCCUCGACCUGCCCAUCACCAGGGAGGAUUCAGACCUAUACAGUUUUUUCAGAGGCCUCAGAUCCAGCCUCCAAGAGCCACCAUCCAGAACAGCAGCCCCUCCAUCCGUCCCGGAGCACAGACCCCGACUGCCGUGUACCAAACCAACCAGCACAUCAUGAUGGUGAACCACCUGCCAAUGCCCUACCCGAUGCCUCAGGGCCCCCAGUACUGUAUCCCACAGUAUCGUCACAGUGGCCCCCCGUACGUCGGGCCCCCCCAGCAAUACCCUGUGCAGCCACCGGGACCGGGACCCUUUUAUCCAGGCCCAGGUCCUGGAGAAUUCCCCAAUGCCUAUGGAACACCGUUCUACCCCAGCCAGCCCGUGUACCAGUCCGCGCCCAUCAUUGUGCCUACGCAGCAGCAGCAGCCACCACCCGCCAAGAGGGAGAAGAAAACGAUCCGAAUCCGGGAUCCAAACCAGGGAGGCAAAGACAUAACAGAAGAAAUCAUGUCUGGAGGGGGCAGCAGGAACCCCACCCCCCCCAUCGUCAGACCCACCUCCACCCCGACUCCGCCUCAGCAGGUGCCCAGCCAGGUCCCCGAGCCCAGCCCUGCAGGAUUUGGGGCCGUGGAGACCCCCCACCUCUCUGCCAGCACCCCCAGCACUGCGGCCUCCAAGCAAGAAGAGAAGCCAAAACCAGAUCCAGUAUUAAAACCACCUUCUCCAGUCCUCAGACCAGAGCCUGCUGGGGAGAAGAAAGAUCAAGCUGGCCAGACCACAGAGGCCUCCGCCCCCGUGGAGACCCCCCCAGAACUUCCUCCUGCUCCAUCUCCUCUCCCGGCCGCUCCCGCCGCUCCCGUGGCAGCUGCUCCUGCAGCUGCUGCCGCUCCUGCUGUCACCGUGUCCAGCAAAGCCCCAGCUGAGCCGGAGGAGAAAUGCGAACUGGCUUCCCCGCAGGAGGAGGCGAUGCCCGUGAUGGUGCCCGUGAUGGUGCCCGUGAUGCCCGUGCCCAGUGCCACGCCCUGCCCGGCCCCGGAGCCCGCGCCCGCCGAGGAGCCGAGCCCGAGCACCGAGGGGGGUGUGGAGCCCAGCAGCGUAGCAAGUAGCGAUUCCCCAGGGCCCGGCAGCGCGGAGCUAAUUAACGAGCUGAUUAACGAGGCCAGCGGCGUUAAUGACGCGGGGGCUGCUGCCCAGGGCGGGGCAGAGGGAGCCCAGCCCGAAGCUGCACCGUUGACUGUGGAGCCGGAGCCCCCCGAGGCCCCCUCGGCAGAAGGGGACAGCGUGCCAUCAUCUCCCACUGCUCUUCCUGAUGCUCCCUCUCCUCCUCCCACCCCACCUCCCACCCCACCACCUCCGUCUCCUCCGGUUGCUGUUGCUGCUGUUCCCACUACAACUCCUUCUCCACCUCCUCUCCCGUCUCCGAGUGCCCUCCCUGUUGUCCAGGGGGAUUUAGAAGGAGAGGAGAGCACAAGAACUACUCUUAGUGAAGAGGUGAAAGAUGCUGAAAAGAAGGAAGAGCCAGAAGCCGAUGGGCAGCUGGAGGAGAGCGUGGAGGCUCCGAGUGUCAACUCAAGCAAGAGUCCUGUCCCAGCCCAAACAGCUGUAACUGCACCAAAGACCUGGAAGAAACCAAAAGACCGGACCCAAGCCACUGAGGAGGUGACGGAGGCAGAGACAGAGCCUAAAGAAGAGGAGGAACCUUCAGGAGACAAAGUACUUGAAUCUGACCAGGAGAAAAUGAGCCAUGGGCCUCAACUGGAGAGGGAGCCCUCGGAGCUGAAGGCAGUGAAGGCCGUGGAGGAGAACGGGGAGCAGGAGGCGGAGCCCGUGCGGAACGGGGCCGAGAGUGUCUCUGAGGGCGAGGGCACCGAGCCACACUCCGGCUGCACAGAGACCCCCAGCGAGGGGCCUGUGUACCAGUACAAACCAGAGCAGUGGAAGCCCCUGGACCCGGAGGGGAAGAAGCAGUACGACCGGGAAUUCCUGCUGGAUAUCCAGUUCAUGCCGGCCUGUAUCCAGAAGCCGGAGGGGCUCCCUCCCAUCAGCGACGUGGUGCUCGACAAGGUGAGAGGAGAGCCUAUAAAACAGGUCAACCAGCCGAAAUUGCCGCUGCGAACUCUGGACCCCCGGAUCCUGCCACGAGGCCCAGACUUCACCCCAGCCUUUGCUGACUUUGGGAGGCAAGCCCCCGGGGGAAGAAACGUGUCUGGAAGUGCCUGCAAAGUGCAGAGCAACCCUGGAUUGCCCUCCCUGGCUCGGUGCGGGCCCCCAGCAUGCCCUCUCUUGGUCUCGCCUCACCCACCAUUGAGGAACCUGCCGAUAGGGUUGUUGAAUGUUGGACCGAGGAGAUCUCAGCCGGGCCAGAGGAGGGAGCCCAGGAAGAUCAUCACUGUGUGUGUGAAGGAGGAUGUCCACCUGAAGAAGGCGGAGAACGCCUGGAAGCCAAGCCUGAAGAGGGAAAACCAAACCGAGGACCCGGAAAAUGUCAAAACCCAGGAGCUGUUCCGCAAGGUACGAAGCAUCUUGAACAAGCUGACGCCCCAGAUGUUCAACCAGCUCAUGAAGCAGGUGACAGACCUGACGGUGGACACGGAGGAGAGGCUGAAAGGAGUCAUUGACCUGGUCUUUGAGAAGGCCAUCGACGAGCCCAGCUUCUCCGUGGCCUACGCCAACAUGUGCCGGUGCCUGGUGACGCUGAAGGUGCCCAUGGCAGACAAACCCGGGAGCACAGUAAAUUUCCGCAAGUUGCUGUUAAAUCGCUGCCAGAAGGAAUUUGAAAAGGACAAGGCUGACGACGACGUCUUUGAAAAGAAGCAGAAAGAACUCGAAGCUGCCACCACUCCAGAGGAGAAGACGCGGCUUCACGACGAGCUGGAAGAGGCCAAGGACAAAGCCCGGCGGAGAUCCAUCGGGAAUAUCAAGUUCAUUGGGGAGCUGUUCAAGCUGAAGAUGCUGACAGAGGCCAUCAUGCACGACUGUGUGGUGAAGCUGCUCAAGAACCACGACGAGGAGUCCCUCGAGUGCCUUUGCCGCCUGCUCACGACCAUUGGCAAGGACCUGGACUUCGAGAAGGCAAAGCCACGCAUGGACCAGUAUUUUAAUCAGAUGGAGAAGAUUGUGAAAGAGAGGAAAACCUCCUCAAGGAUUCGGUUCAUGCUCCAGGAUGUGAUAGACCUAAGGCUGUGCAACUGGGUGUCCAGGAGAGCAGAUCAGGGCCCCAAGACCAUCGAGCAGAUCCAUAAAGAAGCCAAGAUUGAAGAGCAGGAAGAACAGAGGAAGGUACAACAACUCAUGACCAAAGACAAGAGGAGACCAGGUGUCCCACGGGUGGAUGAAGGCGGUUGGAACACUGUGCAGGGGGCAAAGAACAGCAGAGUGCUGGACCCCACCAAGUUCCUUAAAAUCACCAAGCCCACAAUAGAUGAGAAGAUUCAGCUCGUGCCUAAAGCCCAGUUGGGCAGCUGGGGGAAGGGCAGCAGUGGUGGAGCCAAGGCAAGCGAGAUGGACUCCUUGCGACCAAGUGCCACAAGUCUGAACAGGUUUUCUGCCCUGCAGCCUCCAGUCUCCCCCGUUUCUGCCUCAUCCGCAUCUUCCGAACUCGAAUCCCGCAGGGCCUUAACGAGUCGCGGGAGCACGGGCAGGGAGAAGAACGACAAACCUCUGCCCCCUUCCCUGUCCCGCCCCAACACGUUCCUGCGGGGCAGCAGCAGCAAAGAGCUGCUCCUGGACAAUCAGGCGCAGGAGGAGCAGCGCAGGGAGAUGCUGGAGACGGUGAAGCAGCUGACGGGCGGGAUGGAGAUGGACAGGAACAGCACCGAGGCGGAGAGGAGCAAAGCCAAGGAACCCGCCAAGCCAGAAGCUCCUCCAGCUCCAGUGCAAGAAAAGCCUUCACUGUCGGAAGAGGAAAUAGAGAGAAAAUGCAAAUCUAUCAUUGAUGAGUUCUUGCAUAUUAAUGAUUUUAAGGAAGCGAUGCAGUGCGUGGAGGAGCUCAGCACCCAGAACCUGCUGCCCGUGUUCGUGCGCGUGGGAGUGGAGUCGACGCUGGAGCGGAGUCAGAUCACCAGGGAUCACAUGGGCCAGUUGUUGCAUCAGUUGGUGCAGUCGGGAAAGCUGAGCAAGCAGGAUUUCUUCAAGGGCUUUUCAGAGACCUUGGAGAUGGCAGAUGACAUGGCCAUAGAUAUACCCCAUAUCUGGUUGUACCUGGCUGAGUUGGUGACCCCCAUGUUAAAAGAAGGAGGAAUCUCUAUGAGAGAACUUAUACAAGAAUUUAGCAAACCCUUGCUUCCUGUGGGAAGAGCCGGCGUCUUGCUUGCUGAAAUCUUGCACCUUCUAUGCAAACAAAUGAGCCAUAAGAAAGUGGGAGCCUUAUGGAGGGAGUCUGGCCUCAGUUGGAAGGACUACUUGCCCGAAGGGGAGGAUGUACAUACCUUUCUCAUGGAACAAAAGUUGGAGUUCACGGAGUCCGACUGUUCCAGUUCCUCAGAAGCACUUUCAGAGAAAGAACUCUCUGCAGAAGAGCUGAACAAGCAGCUGGAAAAACUCAUUGUUGAGGACAAGGCGAAUGAUGAACAAAUCUUUGACUGGGUAGAGGCUAAUCUAGAUGAAAGCCAGAUGAGUUCACCUACAUUCCUUAGAGCUUUAAUGACAGCAGUUUGUAAAGCAGCUAUUAUAGCGGACUCUUCCAGCUUCCGUGUGGACACUGCUGUUAUCAAGCAGAGAGUGCCCAUCUUACUCAAGUACCUGGACUCAGACACAGAGAAGGAACUACAAGCACUUUAUGCACUACAAGCAUCAAUAGUAAAACUUGAUCAACCUCCUAAUUUGUUGCGGAUGUUUUUCGAUUGCCUGUAUGACGAGGAGGUCAUUUCGGAGGAUGCCUUCUACAAGUGGGAGAGCAGCAAGGACCCGGCGGAGCAGAACGGCAAGGGAGUGGCGCUCAAAUCCGUCACGGCGUUCUUCACGUGGCUACGGGAGGCCGAAGAGGAGUCGGAGGAUAAUUAAAACUUAAAAUACAGAUUUAAAACAUUAAAAAAAAAAAAAAAAAAAAAAAAAAGAAACAAUUUAAGUAUUUUUUUAAAGAGUUUCACGUCUUCGCCAAUCACAGUGCAGCAAGGCCAAUUCUCUCUCUCGCAGACCCCCCUUGCCCCACACACGCACGAGUGGGAGAGGUAAAAACCCGAUAAACACCGAGGUGAUGAUCAUGGAGGCAAAAAGGUACUUGAAAAAAAAACAAAACAAAACAAAAACCACAAAAGUAAACUUCAAACCUGAGGGCGGGAGCACCAAACCAAAAUACCUGUAUUAUUUAUAGAAAAUAUUUUCUGUUUUAAUCUUUUCCUUUUCUUUUUAAACAAGGACUCAUACUUAGGAAAAAACACACAGCGAAACAAAUCUGUUUAGCAAAAAAAAAAAAAAAAAAAAAGGUUGGAAACUUUUAAUUUAUUAUUUUAAGGACUGCAAAUGCCAGUGUAAUUUUUAAAUUUGCAGUUUCUGUAAACAAAUUGUAUAAUAGAACAAAAGCAGAGAAAUAAAUUUCCCUCCCCUUCAUACGCACCUCAGUUUUGUUUCAAAGCAUGAUAAAUAGACAAAACUUUCAAGGGGGUUGGGGUGAGCUAGAUGAGGACGAGAUCAAUUUUUUUUUUCUUUUUGAAUUGUCAUCAGAUUUUUCUGCCUGCCUCUCAGCUUGCUUCAGAAAUUUAAAAAGAAAAUAGUAAUCAAACCGUACAUAACCUUGGAUCGGAAGGAAAUGCAUUUGAGAAAACUGCUGCGGACCAGAGUGCUCCGAAAAAUAACUCAUUGAAAACAGUGCUACCCCGGGGAAAAAAAAAGUACUAGUGAUACUUUGAGAAACUUUAGAGCAACUUUAAGGCUUGUAAAUACAAAGAACAAAUAUUUAAAAAAAAAAAAAAAAAAAAAGAAAAAAAGAAAUUGACUCAAUACUAUUUCUUUUCACUUUCAAAAUAUAAAGAACAAAAUAAAGACAAACAUUGCAAGUUUAAAAGAAAGUAAAACGACUUCUCCUUUGACAGCUGCUGAAUGUGUGCACCAUCCUGAGCGGUGCUUCCUUGGCGUGCCGUAGGUCCUCGGGCCCAAAUUGUGUACAUACAGUGUGUGUCUGUCUGUGUGACUACCAAAAAUGAGGGGUGAGAGCAAUUGUUGUGUUUAAAAAAAAAAAAAAAGAAAAAAGG